AAAAUAUAAUAUGAGAUUAGCUAACAAAAUAAAUCAUAUGUAUCAUGAUAUACAAAAUGAAGUACCAAAUAAAAGUUAAGAUUUUAAUAAACAAGCUAGCUAAACCUCGACUCGACUCGGCUCGUCAAUAAACGAGUUGAGUUCGAACUGGGGUUAAACUCGACUCGGCUCAUUUGCAGCCCUAAUGUCUACAAGCCAUUUCAGACACGUGUCUCACGACUGUUGGCCAACCGACUUUCGAACAUGUUGGUGGUAACAGGCCACCACCCUCCUAAUUGCCGGUGCCCUUUUCCCCGUCGGCCUCCACCUUCACACAAUCACACUGGAGUAUUGUAUUCGUUUGCUGAUUACCAGCCUCUAAAUUAAUACAACUGGACCCAAUUUCCUGUGUGUGGGAGAUAAUAAUUCCUUCCCUUCUGCUCCAAAUUACUAAAAAAAAUCUUCUCCCUUCUCAUUCCUUGCCAUAAUUCUCCCUUCUCCUCCUGCAUUCCAAAAUGGACCGCCAUUCCACCUCGUGUGCUCUUCUCCUCACCAUUCUCAUCACCACCACCUUACCCCACACAACACUCUGCUCUCCUCCACACCCAAAGUACAGUUCCUGCGAACCCAGAACCUGCAGUAGUGGCGGCCCUUCCAUAAGCUACCCAUUUUGGCUGUCUGAUCAGGAAUCCUUCUGCGGCUUCCCCAAUUUCCAAAUCACCUGCAACGACCAAGGCUACCCAGCUCUCGCCAUCUCCAAUGACGAAUACGAGAUCAGAGACAUCUUCUACCCGACCCACUCCCUCCUCCUCUCGUUCCCUUCCUCCGCCGCCGCCGGCGGCCGCGGCGGUUCCUGCAAAACCCCUCUCCACAACCUCACCCUCGAUCGAACCCCCUUCCACAUCUCACCCAACGACACGCUUCGUCUCUCCUUCUUCUACAAUUGCAGCAGCUGGCCGCCUCCUGGGGUUCUCAAUUUCUCUUCCCAUUCAUCCUACCCGAUCAAUUGCUCGACCAACUCCACUCAUUCCUCCUUCGCCGUCUUCCUCGACCAGCUGCCGGAGGAGGUUGGUGAGGAAAUCAGGGAAGCCAGGUGCCAGCAAAUCGUGGAGACUCCCGUUCGCCGUGGGGAGCUGGUCGGCGACGGCUCUGGUGAUUACAGCGACAUUUUGGAGAUGGGUUUUGUGCUGAACUGGACUGCGCAGAAUUGCAGCGAUUGUUCAGGCAGUGGCGGGCGGUGCGGGUUUGAGAAUAAUCAAUUUGUUUGUUUUUGCCCUCAUGGGCCCCGACCCACUUCUUGCUAUGACGGUAUUUGUUUUCUAGCUCCGAGAUCUCCAUUCUCCAGCUUGCUUCUCUGCUGUUUCUUCUGCUUUUUCUACGCGUUGAACAUAGAGUAGUGGAUACUGGUAUUGGUUGAUUGAAAUUUACGACUUUUCAGAUACCUGUGGGUCUUAUUUAGGAACCCAAAAAGUCCACGGUAUUAGCUAUUAUUGUGUGCCUUCCAUAUUGGUUCCUAGUCAAUAACCAUCGAAUUAGACUUGGUCCAAGAACGAAAGAGGACGGUGAUUUGUCGAACAUUAGCUGUGAAACUAACUUUCUGGGCCACCGUUUUAGCUCUUGGAACUCAGCUUGCCUUGGUUCACAUUCCUCGUCUUUCAUAUACGAGAUAGCGAUAACCCUUCUCCUCUUGACAAACUAAGCAUCCAGAUCCUCUGCAGUUUGGAAAACUCGGUUUUAGGAAGUCCUCAUGAGGAAUGAACCAAAUGUCCGGGCGAAAGUUGCGAUAGGUGUUGGAGCAGCUGUUGGAAGUGUGGCCAUAAUGCUCGUUCUCUUCCUCAUAUACCUCCGGCGUAGAAGACAACAACAAUAUUCAGCUACCGGUUCCUCCCUGUUAUCUAGAAGCAUAUUUUCAUACCCCUCUUCAAAAUCCAAAGUGGAGCUUGAGAAGGGUACUAGCAAGUAUUUUGGCGUUCAGGUCUUCACGUAUGCAGAACUUGAAGAGGCCACCAAUAACUUCCAUUCGAGUAAUGAACUUGGAGAUGGAGGCUUUGGCACUGUAUAUUAUGGCAAACUCAAGGAUGGUCGAACUGUUGCAGUGAAACGCCUGUACGAAAGCAACUACAAGAGAGUAGAGCAGUUCAUGAACGAGAUCGAGAUUCUCACUCGCUUGCGCCAUCCCAAUCUCGUCUCCCUAUACGGAUGCACAUCUCGCCACAGCCGCGAGCUCUUGCUGGUCUACGAGUACAUUCCAAAUGGCACGGUGGCUGAUCAUCUCCAUGGCGAAAAGGCGAAACCCGGAGCCCUCUCGUGGUCCACUCGAAUGAGCAUCGCAGUGGACACAGCAAGCGCACUCGCAUAUCUCCACGCCUCCGAGAUCAUUCACCGUGACGUGAAGACCAACAACAUUCUGCUCGACGAGAAUUUCGUCGUGAAGGUUGCCGAUUUCGGGCUGUCCCGCCUCUUCCCCACCGAUGUCACCCAUGUCUCCACGGCUCCACAGGGGACUCCCGGGUAUGUCGAUCCCGAGUACCACCAGUGCUACCAGCUGACCAGCAGGAGCGAUGUUUUCAGCUUCGGGGUUGUCCUGGUCGAGCUGAUAUCGUCCAUGCCAGCCGUCGAUAUCACGAGGCAUCGACACGAAAUCAAUCUGUCCAACAUGGCGAUCAACAGGAUCCAAGGCGACGCUCUGCACGAGCUUGUGGAUCAGAGUCUCGGGUUCCAGUCGGAUGCAUCGACAAGGAAGAUGAUGACGGCGGUGGCAGAGCUGGCAUUCCAGUGUCUUCAGAGUGAUACAGAUUUGAGGCCUUCGAUGGAUCAAGUCUUGUGUACGCUGCUGGAGAUACAGAGAGUGGGGGAUGUCUCAGAGAAGGGGAGUAAGGCGCCACAGGAUGUAAGGUCGGAUGAUGCUUCGUUGUUGAAGAGUGUUGUUGUUCAGGAUUUGCCACUGUCGCCAAAUUCUGUAACUGGGAAAUGGCCCAGCGUUGCUACAACUCCUAACACCAGCAGUUGA